AUGAAUAUUAUCUUGGAACAUACUGAAGAUGGAGUUACUAUUCCUCACAGAACCUAUCUGAAAACACCUGCUGAGUUCUCGGAUGAGGAUAAUGAGCUGAUAAAUCUAGAUGUAACUCUACAGCUCAUUCUGAUCGAAUCAUUGGAUCCAGUAAUGUACAAUAAUGUUGUCAAUUGUACAAGUGCUAAGCAGAUAUGGGACACUCUGCAAAUUAUCAAUGAAGGAUCUGAGGAAGUACGGGAAAACAAGAAGGAAAUUCUUGUGGCUCAAUAUGAGCAAUUUGGUUCUAAUCCCGGAGAAGGAAUUUCUGAAGUAUUCAUCAGAUUCAACAAUUUGAUAAACAAUCUGAAUCUGAACGGGAAAUACUACGACAACAAAGAGGUGAACCUAAAGUUUUUGCUGACGCUCCCUGAGCAACUAGAACAUCGGAUAACCGCCAUCAGAGAAAGCAGAGAUUUGACAGAGAUCUCAUUGGAACAGCUGUAUGGGGUUCUGAAAACCUAUGAAUUGGAACAGGCUCAAACUAAACAGAGAUACGGAUGGGGAAAGACACUGAACACGUCUACGUCUGUCAGCAAUUCUACUGCCCUCAUAAUACAAUCACCUCUUGCGAAAGAAAGGAAGGUUGUUGUACCUUCAAGAAGCUCCCACGAGUAUGUUGUGCCGGAAAUGGGACAUACUUCAGUAAGUACGGGAGAUGAUGAAUUUUACUCGAUGGAAGAGUUAGAUCAGCUGGAGGACGAAUUUCUUGCUAUGUUUGCCAGGAAGUUUGGUCACAUGAGAUUUAGGAAGAAUCCCUCCUACAAGUUUAAAUCUUCUGGUAGUAAAUUUCAGAAAGGGGGAUCUUCGUCCACAACAUCAAAAGGGGCUUACAAGACUGGGAUGGUUGAUCGAAGCAAGUUUAAAUGUUUCAACUGUGAUGAGCCUGAUAGUGAUGAGGAGGAAGAGCGGGGGAAUGUUGCUCUAAUGACUUUUAUGGAACCUUCUACACCUCCACAUCGCACUGGCGGAUUUCCGGUAGAUCCUACUUGCCCUAAACUGUUUAUGCAAUUAGGACUUGAACGUGAUGACGCUCGUAAUAAGCUCAAAGCUCUGACUCUUGAACACAAAGCUUUAAAGCAAGAAGUUCAUGAGUUAAAGUUAAAAGAAAAACUAGUGCUCACCCCUAAAAUUGAACAACUAACUAGUCAGUUAUUGACUCAGACUAAUAAAGUCGAAGUGUUAGAAUUUAGGGAGAAAAAGUUGAAUGAGCAGUUAGCUGAAGAGAAGGCUUCACCUGAAGAUAGUUGGCUAUGGCAUAAGAAGCUGUCUCACCUUAAUUUUAAAAUUGUAAACUCUUUGGUCAAGAGGGAUUUGGUGAGAAGACUGCCUCCUUUGGAAUUCACUCUACAAGGACUUUGUGAGGCAUGUCAGAAUGGGAAGGCUAAGAUAGCAUCAUACAAAGGCACAGACACCAGUAACAUUACUGAACCACUUCAACUAUUACAUGUGGAUUUAUUUGGUCCGGAUGAAACUCCUCAAUUGGUAAUUGAUCUUAUCAAGGAGAUCGAGUUGGAUUCGAAUGAUAAACUUCAUGUCAGAGCAAUAAGGUCCGAUAAUGAAUAG